AUGGCCCGCCGCUGCGGCUGCCCCGUCGGCGCCGCGCUCCUCGCCCUCUCCCUCGCCGUCCUCCUCGCCGCCCCGGCCGUCCCCGGGGCCGCCGGGUUCCACCUCGGCGGCGACGAGAGCGGCCUCGUGCGGGGCAUGCUCGCCGCCGUCCGCGAGCGGGCCGAGGCCGAGGACGCCGCGCGCUUCGCCGUCGCCGAGCACAACAGGAAGCAGGGUUCUGCAUUGGAGUUCACACGAGUUGUGAAUGCAAAAAGGCAAGUGGUUGCUGGGACCUUGCACGACCUGAUGGUGGAGGUAGUGGAUUCUGGAAAGAAAAGUAUGUACAAGGCAAAGGUAUGGGUGAAGCCGUGGCAAAAUUUCAAGGCAGUUGUCGAGUUCCGUCAUGCCGGUGACUUCCAGUCUGAGUCUUCCGUUGCUUCUGAUGCUAGCACUGGGCAAGCUAUCCUCAAGCUGUCUCUUCAAACCGACAUGGCACCGAAGAUGCACAGCAACGAGAAUACUGGACUUUCUGUUGACUCAUCCUCUUCUCAGGUCUGUUUGAUCACCCCUUCUCAUGUUCAACUCAUCACAAUGCCUUUUCCAGUCAUCACCAAAAUGUCAAGGAGUAGUUUAUAUAUUCAUGGGCUAAUAUGUCUUAAUGCUUGA